AACUCUCCACAUUGCCAGUGUGUCCUCAUUUUUAAUCUCUCGAAGAUGGAUGUAUGCAAGAUGCUGCGUGACGUGGUCUGGAAUACCCUCUGCACUCGUUGAGUUGCCUAUGACUUGUACAGUGUGCCAGCCCCAUUAACGACAAGGAGAAUCUCUAUGGGUCAUUUCUGCAGCCAGGAAGGCAUUGAUCAACCAUGGUAAAACUUGCAAACCCACUUUAUACAGAGUGGAUUCUUGAAGCAAUACAAAAAAUCAAAAAGCAGAAGCAGAGGCCAUCAGAGGAGAGGAUCUGCCAUGCGGUCAGCACGUUGCAUGGCCUGGAAAAGAAAACAGUGUCGGAGCAGCUGGAGCUCAGUGUGGAGGAUGGCUCCGUGCUCCGAGUUACCAACAAGGGCCUGGCCUCCUACAAGGACCCAGACCACCCUGGCCGCUUCGCUUCCGUCAGGCCGGGCGCCUUCCCCAAGGCCACCAAGGGGCCACGAGGACCAUGUGGUGAUCUCCGCAGCGUGGAUUGGAACAAACUGCUGCGAAGGGCCAUUGAAGGCCUCGAGGAGCCGGGCGGGUCCUCGCUGAAGAACAUCGAGAAGUACCUUAGGAGUCAGGGCGACCUGACGGCCACCACCACGCACCCGGCCUUCCAGCAGCGCCUUCGACUUGGGGCCAAGCGCGCCGUCAACACCGGGCGGCUGCUGAAGGAUGGGCCGCAGUACAGGGUCAGCCAGGGGGGCCUGGACGGCAAGGGCACUCCUAAACACCCCGGCUCCUUUCCAGCCUCACUGCCGCCCGUCAGCCUCCUGCCCCACGAGAAGGACCAGCCCCGCGCCGACCCUAUUCCAAUAUGUAGCUUCUGUUUGGGAACGAAAGAAUCAAACCGUGAGAAGAAACCAGAGGAGCUUCUGUCCUGUGCAGACUGUGGCAGCAGUGGACACCCAUCCUGUUUGAAAUUCUGUCCUGAAUUAACAACAAACGUAAAGGCCUUACGAUGGCAGUGCAUCGAGUGUAAGACAUGCAGCGCCUGUAGGAUCCAAGGCAAAAAUGCAGAUAAUAUGCUUUUUUGUGACUCCUGUGAUAGAGGAUUCCACAUGGAGUGCUGUGAUCCCCCACUUUCCAGAAUGCCAAAAGGGAUGUGGAUUUGCCAAGUCUGCAGACCAAAGAAAAAGGGAAGAAAACUACUUCAGGAGAAAGCCGCACAAAUAAAACGACGAUAUGCAAAACCCAUUGGACGGCCGAAAAAUAAAUUAAAGCAACGAUUGUUGUCUGUAACCAGUGAUGAAGGAUCCAUGAAUGCAUUCACAGGAAGGGGGUCACCUGGUAGGGGUCAAAAGACUAAAGUCUGUACCACACCUUCAUCUGGUCAUGCUGCAUCUGGCAAGGACUCGAGCAGCAGAUUGGCUGUUACAGACCCCCCUCGGCCUGGUGCCGCCACCAAAACCACCACCUCCACCUCCACCACCUCCUCCUCCUCCUCCUCCUCCUCCACCUACAUUUCUGCCUCCACACUUAAAGUUAACAAGAAAACCAAAGGGCUCAUUGACGGCCUUACUAAGUUUUUCACGCCAUCGCCCGAUGGCCGCAGGUCUCGCGGUGAAAUAAUAGACUUUUCCAAGCACUACCGUCCCCGGACCAAGGUCUCUCGGAGACCUUCAUACCCUCCUCAUGUGUCCCAGGCCACAGGCACCACACACAAGCUAAAACCUCCGCCUUCUGCACCCCCACUGCCCGCCCCCGUCUCCGCUCAGAGCCCCAGUUCGCAAAGGUCCAGCGCCUCCACCUCUUCUACCUCUCCCCAGAGCUCGUCCAGCCAGUCCAGCGCGCCCUCCCUUAGUGGCCUGACCAGUAACAGCCAGCUCAAGGCUCUCUUUGAUGGACUCUCCCAUAUCUAUACCACUCAGGGCCAGUCCCGGCAAAAGGGCCAGCCCACCUACGCCCCGGCCCAGCGCAGGCGACCAAGAAGGGAGUUACCGGCCAUGGCCAAGGCCAAAGCCAAAGCCAAAUCCAAAUCCAAAGCCCAUUUCUUGGGCAAGAGAGAGAUUAGGAGCCGGUUGCUCUCCCACUCCUCCUCCUGGGGCCUGGCCCGAGGCCGUAUCUUUAAGGCCAUCGCUCACUUCAAGCGCUCGACUUUCCUUAAAAAGCACAGGCUGCUAGACAGAUUAAAAUGUAAAGUGACCCCUCAGGUGGGGACCCCCUCACCCGGGAAGGGGAGCUUGACAGACGGAAGGAUUAAACCUGAUCAGGAUGAUGAUACUGAAAUCAAAAUAAGCAUCAAACAAGAAAGUACAGAUUUAAAUGUGAUUGGAAACAAGGAUAUCGUAACCGAAGAGGAUCUGGACGUUUUUAAACAGGCCCAGGAACUUUCUUGGGAGAAAAUAGAGUGUGAGAGUGGGGUGGAAGACUGCGGUCGAUAUCCUUCUGUAAUCGAAUUUGGCAAGUACGAAAUCCAGACCUGGUACUCCUCGCCUUACCCACAGGAAUAUGCAAGAUUACCAAAGCUUUACCUGUGUGAAUUCUGUCUUAAAUAUAUGAAAAGUAAAAAUAUUUUGUUAAGACACUCAAAGAAAUGUGGAUGGUUUCAUCCCCCAGCCAACGAAAUUUACCGAAAGAAAGACCUUUCAGUAUUUGAGGUUGAUGGGAAUAUGAGCAAAAUUUAUUGCCAAAACCUCUGCUUGUUAGCCAAGCUCUUCCUGGAUCACAAAACGUUGUAUUAUGAUGUUGAACCAUUCCUCUUUUAUGUCCUUACAAAAAAUGAUGAAAAGGGCUGUCAUCUGGUUGGCUACUUCUCGAAGGAAAAGCUUUGCCAGCAGAAGUACAAUGUCUCCUGCAUAAUGAUCAUGCCCCAGCACCAAAGGCAAGGAUUCGGCCGCUUUCUCAUUGACUUCAGCUAUUUGCUUUCUAGAAGAGAAGGACAGGCCGGCUCGCCCGAGAAGCCACUCUCUGACCUGGGCCGACUAUCAUACCUGGCCUACUGGCGGAGCGUCAUCCUGGAGUACCUGUCUCACCACCGCCAUGACAGACACAUCAGCAUCAAGGCCAUCAGCAGAGCCACAGGCAUGUGUCCCCACGACAUUGCCACAACCCUGCAGCAUCUCCACAUGAUCGACAGAAGGGAUGGCCGAUUUGUCAUCAUUAGAAGGGAAAGGUUGAUAUUGGACCAUAUGGAGAAAGUGAAAAGCUCUUCUCGGACCAACGAGCUCGACCCAGACUGUCUGAGGUGGACCCCAAUUCUCAUUUCUAAUGCUGCGGUUUCUGAGGAAGAGCGUGAGGCAGAGAAAGAGGCUGAGCGGCUGAUGGAACAAGCCAGCUGCUGGGAGAAGGAGGAGCAAGAGAUCCUGUCAUCUAGAGCAAGCAGUAGGCAAUCACCUGCAAAAGUACAAUCCAAAAAUAAGUACGGACAUUCCCCGGAGCGCCGGCCAGUGGCAGGGGAGCGAGGGCAGCUGAUGGAGCUGUCUAAGGACAGCAGUGAAGAAGAGGAGGAGGAGGAGGAGGAGGAAGAGGAAGAAGAAGAGGAGGAAGAGGAGGAGGAGGAAGAGGAAGAAGAAAACAUUCAGAGCUCUCCUCCCAGACUGACUAAACCACAGUCGGUUGCUGUAAAGAGAAAGAGGCCUUUUGUACUCAAGAAGAAAAGGGGGCGGAAACGCCGGAGGAUCAACAGUAGUGUGACCACGGAGACCAUCUCUGAGACCACCGAGGUGCUCCACGAACCCUUUGACCACUCGGAUGAGGAAAGGCCGAUGCCACAGCUGCAGCCCACCUGCGAGCUGGUUCAGGAGAACAGCAGGAAGCGUGCCCCAAGAAAGUCCUUAGCACCCCAGCCUGGGAAGAAGAGGCGAGCUGAGGGCACAACUGCACCAGACAAUCAUGGCUUUCCCAAUGCCGAGCCCAUGAGAAAUAAUGUGGGAGGUGAUGCGGACGGCCUGAAGGAAGGCAGCAGAGACAAUCCUGAAGCUGUGCCGUGCAAGCAGGGCUGGUCACGGGGAAGCAAGCGUGGCACCGCCAAGUGUAGACCCAGCAAAGAGAGGAAGAGCGGAUUCAAGCUGAACCUCUACACACCCCCUGAAACACCCCUGGAGCCUGCUGAACUGGCCACUGUGGACGAACCAGAUGAGGUCCCUGAGGACAGGGCCAGCCCCAGCCCCAGCCCUGCAGGAACCCAAGAGGCACCUGAUGCCCCAGAGCCCCUGGAGGAGAACCCAAAGGAGGAGACGCUUGCGCCUGAGGGUCCAGAGAACUCACCAGGGGCCAAAGAGGAUGCUGAUCCACCCAAAUCCCAGGGGGCGGGGGAAAGGGAGGAGGAGGGAGAAGAGGAGGAAGAGGAAGUGGAGGAAGAAGAAGAGAGCAAUGUGGACAAAGACUCAGAACCUUCUAAACAUAAGAAAAAGGAGGAGCCAGAAGUAUGCCUGGACAAAGACAAGCCAGCGCAGCUGGAUGACCAUGACGAGGAGGAAGAAGAGGAGGAGGAGGAAGAGCCAUCUCACAACGAGGGCCACGAUGCUGAUGAUGAGGACGACAGUCAUCUGGAACCCACGGCUGCCACCAAGGUCCUGAGCCCCAGAGCAACGCUGGAAAACCACGCAUCUUUUUUAGAACUUAGUGACCAGCCACCUCACUCGAGCCCGGCCGUACUCAUGGACUGUGGAAGCACCGACCUCACCGUGCAGGGGACCAUGGAGCCCAAGGCGGUGUUGGCCGAGGAUACCGUGGCAACAGCGGCCCCCGAGUCAGACGAGGAAGGGCUGGAGGAACAGGCAGAACAGCUGGCUCCACUAGGCCAAGGAGAGCCGUACCCUGAGCUGAAAGCGGGGGACCAGACCGCCUUGGAGGUAGACUCAGAGACAGCGCAGGCCGUGCAGUCACUGACACAGGAGAGCGGCGAGCCCGACGAUGCCUUCCAGGACUGUACUGAGACGCAGGAAGCCUGCCGGAGCCUCCAGAGCUACACGCAUACAGACCAGAGCCCCCCAGGGGCUACCGCUGCGCUAGACGACUGCCAGCCAUCAGAGCACAGCAGCCCUGUCUCGUCUGUCCACUCACACCCGGGGCAGUCUGUCCGCUCCGUCAGCAGUCCAAGCGUCCCUGCCCUGGAGAGCAGCUAUGCCCAAAUCAGCCCCGAUUCUGGUGCCAUCUCGGUGCCAUCCCUGCAGAACCUCGAGACCAGCCCCAUGAUGGACGUGCCAUCUGUGUCCGACCACUCACAGCAGGUGGUGGACAGUGGCUUCAGUGACCUGGGCAGCAUCGAGAGCACCACCGAGAACUAUGAGAACCCCAGCAGCUAUGACUCUACGCUGGGCGGCAGCAUCUGCGGCAGCAGCUCGUCCCAGAGCAGCUGCUCUUAUGGUGGCCUCCCAUCCGGCAGCCUACCCCAGAGCAGCUGUGCUGUCACCCCACAGUUGCCCAGCCUGAGCGGGAGCUGCAGCUUGCUAGGCCAGGGCAGCAUCGGCUCACCGCCUCCCUGCAGCGUCAAGUCCCCUCAGGGCUGCGUCGGGGAACGGCCCCCCAGCAGCAGCCAGCAGCUUGCUCCCUGCAGCCUGGCAGCCAACUUCACACCGCCCAUGCAGCUGGCCGAGCUGCCCGAGCCCGGCGGUGGUGGCGGUGGAGGCGGUGGCGGUGCCAAUCUGGGCUUAUACGAGCGCAUGGGGCAGAGUGAUUUCGGUACCGGUCACUACCCACAACCGUCAGCCACCUUCAGCCUUGCCAAACUGCAGCAGUUGACGAACACCCUGAUCGACCAUUCAUUGCCUUACAGCCCCUCGGCCGCGGUCACCUCCUAUGCAAACAGUGCCUCUCUGUCCACGCCGCUGAGCAACUCGGGGCUCGUGCAGCUGGCCCAGGCCCCGCACUCUGUCCCUGGGGCGCCCCAAGCACAGGCCACCAUGACUCCCCCACCCAACUUGACACCACCGCCCAUGAACCUGCCACCGCCACUGCUGCAGCGGAACAUGGCCGCGUCCAACCUGGGCAUUGCCCACAGCCAAAGACUGCAGACUCAGCUGGCGGGCAAGGGCCAUGUCGCCAUGAGAACCAAAUCAGCAGCGGCAGCUGCGGCGGCAGCAGCAGCGGCAGCAGCAGCAGCAUCUCUGUCACCAGCCACUGCCGCCGCCUCACACCAGCCGCAGAUCUAUGGACGCUCGCAGCCCGUGGCCAUGCAGGGCCCCUCGAGGACUCUGGCCAUGCAGAGGGGCAUGAACAUGGGCAUGAACCUGAUGCCCGCACCUGCCUACAAUGUCAACUCGGUGAACGUGAACCCACUCAAUGCCAUGAACGGCUAUGGCAUGUCGCAGCCCAUGAUGAACAGCGGCUACCCAGGCAACCAUGGCUACAUGAACCAGACGCCUCAGUACCCGAUGCAGGUGCAGAUGGGCAUGAUGGGUGCUCAGCCGUAUGCCCAGCAGCCCAUGCAGACCCCGCCGCAUGGCAAUAUGAUGUACACGGCGCCAGGCCACCACAGCUACAUGAACUCGGGUAUGUCCAAACAGCCCCUCAACAGUUCCUACAUGCGGAGGUAGGGGCCGCCCCGCUACCCUGCCUGGCCCCCUGCACACAGACCUUCGAAGUGUACGAUUUCAAAACCAGCAAUUGGUGUGAAUGCAAAAAAACAAAAACAAACAAAAAAUAAAAUAAAAACCCACAUUGUUGGCACCAUUUCUUUAAAAAAAAAAAAAAAGAAGAAAAAGAAAAAAAAAGAAAAAUAAAUGAAACAAACAAAAAUAGCUGUAUGCAGCAGAAAGCCUUAUACAAGUUCUUUUUUCUUUUUUUUUCUUUUUCUUUUCCCUUUUUUUUAAAUUUAAUUUAAUAUUUUUAUUUGGUAUCUGUUUCUGUUGCUUUGAUACAAAAUUCUCUGCAAAGGAAAGGAAGGCCUCUCUGGACUAUUACAGUGUGGGGGUGACCAGCGACCAAGUUGCCUCCCCAUUAAACAAUGUGGAUAUCGAGCCCCCCCCCCAUUCUGUUUUAAUACUGAACCCCCUGAGAGCUUUGGUUUCUCUGCCCUGUCCACUCCAUGUAAAUGCCUUUUAGCCUUUCAGUUAUUGUAUAUUUUUGUUUAAGGGGACACUUCAGCAUGCCGCUAAUGUCUUUGUUAGUGACAGUGCAUUUUGUCGUACUGUACCAAGUGUCGUGCUAACAGUAAGCCAUUUCUUAAGUUUUUUGCCUUGAUUAGGGUGCCCUAAUUUGAGGGUUUUAAAAAAACGAAACAAAAACAAAAAAACAAAAACAACUAUAUUUUUGUUAAUUAUAAAACUGUAAAGAGCUAUAAAAGCUAUUCCCAUUUGGUUCGUCAAAAGGGUUUUAUUGCUGAUGUUUGGUGUAAAGUUGAGACCCUUUUCCUUUUUUGGUGACAGGUUUCUUUGGGGGGGGUAAAAAAAAAGGCAGCUUUCUGUUUUAUAAAUGCAGACUUCUGUUUAUUGAAUGAAGCAUAUCUCAGUGUUUAAUCUGUCAGGUUUUGAAAACAUUUCAUAUAUGUCCAAAUACUUGGCAGGAUUUAAAAAAAAAUAGUGAAUUUGGUGUAAAGUUGCUAUUUUAUGGAAAUGCCUCUAACUUUACAUUUUCAUUCCAUCUGUAGAUUUUUCUAUCUUUAUAAAAUAUUGGAGUUAUUUUUUAAGGGAAAAAAAUAGAGAAGUAGCUUGUGAAUAGCUCAAAUGAAGCUUCCAACCCGCAUGUACAAAAGCAAAAGUUAUUUGUGUCUGUUUAUAUCGCUUCCUUUUUGUAGCCUUUGUAUCUGCACAGGGUGACUGUAAGGGACCAGCAGGGGAGGCGGAACCCUUGUAUAGAAAUAGGAGCCAGCAACACUCUUGUAUUUAUCUGUUCUCUUUUUAGUCAGUCACUUCAAAAGACGAAAAAACAAACAAACAAAAAAACCCCAACAAAAAAAAAAAAGCUGUACAUUUUAACAUAAAAUAAAUUAUGAUGAGCCAUUUUUAGCCUCUUGUGUCCUGUCCUAUUAUGACUGAUAGAGAAUGACCAGUGGAACUGUUAUCAUAUGUCACAUCUCAGAACACAAACACAUUUGGGGAAAAUAAAUUAUUUAGUAUAGAUUGGAGCUACGAGAUUUUUUCUGGUUUUGACUUUGGGGGAGGGGGAUGGCAAUAAAGAGUAAUAUCUAAAAAAUAAUAAUAAACCAUCACAUAUACCAAAUACCUAUUUAAUAAAUUAAUUUAUAAUGGAUUUUAAUGCUUUUCAUGAAAGUUUAUUUUAUGCGAGUGCAUACCUUCUGUAUGCCAAUCAUUGUCUUUAAAAUAAAGUGAUUUUGUUUUUUU